AAACCGAUCCGGAUCCCCCACUUGAACGAUACCUUUAACUUUAACAAAGACAGCUACAGCUAAACGAAAAACAACCCUACGCUGUUUGUUUAGUGUUUACUGUUUCAGCUAAAUGCCUUGUUGAUUGAGUUAGCAAAUCUUAUCUAAAUUAUCGAUAACGUAGGCCCAGUGGCCAGUGUUAGUGUUGUGUUGCUCUACUACUUCAAGUCAUCAAACAAUAUGUCCGCUGUAAGGUGUGGACUUUCUGCCAGCAAAUUAAUGUUGCCUUGGGGGAAAGUACAGCCAGGUUUAUGUCUACAACUUAUUCUGCGUAAUGAUCUGAAAUGCUGUAAAUUAAGAGGCUUGGGUACAACCUCUGUGAGACUAUUAGCGGCUGACUCUAGCGGAACGCAUGAACCUCCAUCCAAAGACACCAAGAAGACGUCAGGGGGAGGGAAAGGACCAGAUAAUCAUCAUGUUUGCCCCAAGUGUGGUGAUCCAAACAUCCAUGUCGAAACUUUCAUGUCAUCGUCAAGGUUUGUCAAGUGUGGGAAAUGUGAUCAUUUUUUCAUGGUCCUUUCCGAGUUAGAAAAUAAACGCACAAUGAAAGAUCAACUGCGAGAUGACCCCAAGUCUGGAACUUAUGUUCGGAAACCUCCUCCACCUCCAAAGAAGAUCUACGAGUAUCUGAACAAGCACGUGGUGGGGCAGGAGAAGGCCAAAAAGGUGUUGUCGGUUGCUGUUUAUAACCACUACAAGCGUAUUUACAACAACAUACCUUCACAUGGCAGCGGCACUCGUCAGGACGUCACAGUUAUGGAGCAGAACAACCAGGGACAGAGCUUUGUCUUUCCCAACAGGGUUGACUUCCUAAACCUAAGCAACAUGGGGCUGAACCCUGCCGCCCUGGGUGUAGGGUUCCAACCGGACAGUGGAGCAGAGCGUAAAGGGACGCCCUCGUCCGCUAACGCCCUGGGUAGCGACAUCCUUGACUCCAACAGUCAUGAGUUGCGACUUGAGAAGAGCAACAUACUGCUACUCGGCCCAACAGGAUCUGGUAAGACACUGUUGGCUCAGACGAUCGCUCAGUGUCUGGAUGUUCCGUUCGCCAUCUGCGACUGUACAACCUUGACCCAAGCCGGCUACGUGGGCGAGGAUAUUGAGAGUGUCAUCGGCAAGUUGCUGCAAGACGCAAACUACAGUGUUGAGAAGGCACAGGCAGGGAUUGUGUUCCUGGAUGAAGUGGACAAGAUAGGAGCAGUUCCUGGCAUCCACCAACUGAGGGACGUCGGUGGGGAAGGAGUGCAGCAAGGCAUGCUAAAGAUGCUGGAAGGCACUAUAGUAAAUGUCCCGGAGAAGAAUUCACCUCGUAAGCUUCGUGGUGAGACAGUGCAAGUAGAUACAACCAAUAUUCUGUUUGUGGCGUCAGGGGCUUACAACGGCCUGGACAGACUUAUCAGUCGGCGGAAAAACGAAAAGUACCUUGGGUUUGGCGUGCCAGCCAAGGAAAGUCCGGGGCGGAGAGCUGCUAGCCAGGCGGACGUGGCCAAUCAGAGUGGAAUUACAUCCGCAGAGGAAGACAAUUUAGAGAAAGAUGCAAUGCUGGCUCAUGUGGAGGCACGGGAUCUCAUAGAGUUUGGCAUGAUUCCUGAGUUUGUGGGUCGGUUCCCAGUAAUCGUACCGUUCCAUUCACUCAACAAGGAUAUGCUGGUACGCAUCCUUACAGAACCUAAGAACGCUCUGGUCCACCAGUACCAGAUAUUGUUCAGUAUGGACAAAGUCGAGCUCAGCUUCUCCUCUGAAGCACUCAAAGCUAUUGCUUGUCAGGCGAUGGAAAGGAAAACCGGAGCUCGUGGUCUUCGAGCUAUCAUGGAGAAUCUCCUGUUGGACCCGAUGUUUGAGAUCCCCGGAUCUGAUAUCCUGAGUGUCCACAUAUCCGAAGAUGUAGUGAUGGGGCGUAGCAGUCCGGUGUUUAUCCGGGGCCGCGCAGUCGACGAGGAACAGCCAAUGGAGAUGAGGGUGGAAGCAAAAUGACCUCAAGGUAGCUGGCUCACUAGAUCUCUGAUCACCCGACCCCCGGUGUAUAUAAUGUAAAUCAUAGGAACCAAUUUAUUUUUUUAGACAUCAAUGUGUAAAUUGAUCGAGUGGUGAAAUUGUGAUCAUUGUUGGCUGUAAAUUGCUGUGUUAUUUUCAACCCUUGUAAAUACUGAUAACUUUUAUUAUUCUAUGAUACAAAUCCGUUUUAAUGUAUUUUUAACAGUUUGACUGUCCCACCUCAAUAUUUUACGUGUUGAUAAUUAUUUUAUUCAGAUAAAGCGCUUUAUUUUGCCAUAUCUCUAAAUAGAAAUAUGCAAAUCAUAUACUUUCUUUUGAUUUUAAUAUAUAUUUUCUGUUAUGUUUUUGAAAAUCAACAUAUUGUUUGUUGUCCUUCAUUAAAUAUUCUUGAAUGAAUAAAGCACCAUUUUAUUUUAGGUUUACUCUUAGCCAGCUUCAACUUGUCCCAACAAUAGCCAACUUUGUAAUCUUAACACUCUGAAGUACUAAGGCAUUAUAUGAUUGUUAUUAGUGUUUGUAUGGCUAAACAUGGUCAAUUCAGGGGAGGCAAUGAAGUUAGUUUAUUCUUAGCAAAAGUUUUUUUGACUUCACUCAGAGUUUAAAAAUCCACCAAGAAAAAAGUUUUUUGUAGUAAUCCCGAUAUUUUACUUACAAUAACUAUUUCUUUUUUUACUCUCAAUCAAAUGGAUUUACAGUGUCAUUGAAAAUUCCUGGAACGGUGAAAUAUAUUUUUUACCAUUAAUGAGAUUUGGUAUAUCAAUAAUGACCAUAAAUGUGUACUCUAUUAAGCUAUUAUAUUUUUUUAACCCUUAAGGGGGGCAGCCCACGAGGACUAAGACAAAAUUCUUAAAUAGCAGCAUAGGUCGAGUUUAAAGGUCUUAGUUAGUAGAACACAUUGCCACAAACCCGAACUCAAUGGACAAUUGAGUUGAAAAUGACGGCAGUUUAAAUAUUUCUAGAAUCUGCCAUUUUCAAUCUUUGAAUGGCUGCCAUUUUUAUUUUUACUCAGUUGUUCUUUUGGGAAAAGAUUUUUGGCAUUGUAUUCUACUAAUAAACACCUUUAAUUUGAUGUGCAUAUUGACCUAUGCAUAAGUCUAUGAUUUUCUUCCGAAUUCUAGCUGGCGCUCCCUGAGGCAGUAGCAUAAUAAUAACAUUGCAAACUCAAUGAAUCUUUGAACAGCUGUAAUUUUUGGUUGUCCCUUCGAGUUUUUGUUUGCGGUAAUGUGUUUUACCAACGAAGACCUUUAAUUUGAUACCAAACUCAACAUAUAAUGCUAUUUAAGAAUUUUGUCUGACUUUUCGUGGGCUCCUCCUCCCUUAUGAGAUGAAAAAAUGAUAAUAGCUUAAAAGAGUAGACAUUUAUAGCUAUUAUUGAUAUACCAAGUCUCAUUACUUUAUGUAAAAAAAAAGGUAAAACAUAUACUGUGUAUUACACCGUUCCGGGACUUAUCAAUAACACUGUAGAUACAUUUCAGUCUUAGUAAAAGUUAUUCAAGUGAAUGGAUACAAACAAAAUAGAUUAAGCAUGGUGUUUUUUACUGAAGGAUUUAAAUUGAUUGAUAAACCCUAAUAUAUAUUGUAGCGAGAUAUAUCCAGUUCCUUGCAACAAUAGCUAUUAAGGUUAUAUAAACCACAUAAAAUUAGGGAUGGUCAAGUCUCGAAAUUUCGGGAAAUUUUAAAUCUCGUUACACGAGACGAGAUUUCUUUUUGGCCGAGAUUUUUAUCAAGACGAGAAUAAAAAAAAAAAAAAAAUUAAAAACGCCUGCAGAAAGUCAAUGCAAUACCCGCAAUACAGAAGCGUGUUGUAGUUGCGUUUCCUUUGCGAAGGCGUUCUUAUUUAAUUAAUUCUUUAAAUGUAAAUAUUACUUUAAUUAUUUUAAUAAUAUUACUUUAAUAACAUUUGAGAAGUUUUGUUAAGUGUAAGCAGUGUGAGGAAUGUUUUAUUACUAUAAAAAGUCAAAACAAGUAACUAUUUUAUAAAAAUUAAUAUUGCUUUUAUUUUAUGAUUUAUUUUAUUUUAGGAUAAGUUGAACUCUAUCCUAACUGAUAUCACUAUGUUUCCUAAUCGUAGGCAUUUUUAAUAAGUUAGGCGUGAUUAAUAAAAAAAUGUUAUGCUGAUGUUUUUUAAUAAAAGAUUGUAAAUAUUCUUGCCUAUUAUCAUUAUUUUUGUAUUUAAACAGUCAUCUAACAAUGUUACAAAAUCAGGUAAAAAUUUUGAACGUGCAUUUCCCGUUGUGUAUGAGAAGGGAAAUCCCGUCUCGAUCUCGUCUCGAAAUUUUAUGAGAAAUAAAAAAUCUCGUCUCGUCUCGUCUCGAACUAAAAAUCUAAUCUCGUCCAUCCCUACAUAAAAUUGAUAAAAAAAUUGUAUGACUUCGUAUCAAUCAUUGAGACGUAAUAAUCCAAAUAGCCUAUAUUUUUUCACUAACUAUUAAAAGUCAACUUUUUUUCAAAUUUAUUAUUUCAAAAUGUUAAUUAGCCUAUUAUAAAUAAGUAGAUUUUAUGAUUUUAUUACAAGAUUAUUCAUAAUCUAGUAAAUUAAAAAUAGUUUUAUGAAAACUUAAAAUAGUCCUAUGUUUAGUUAGUUAACCUUUUAUUUGGUGAGACCAAAUUUAAGACUAUUGCUAAAUUUAAUUACUAAAAGAAAGUGCUAGGAACAAAAAACGAGAAACUAGAAAUACAAUCCUAAAUUUAUUUAAACAAAACAAUUCAUUAUACAAUAUAUUCAUCUAUAUACUUAAUACAACAAUUAGGGGUUACCCUGUGAUAUCCCUUUUCCAGCCGUCCUACUUAACCGAUUUUUACGAUUGAGGCGUAAUUUUAAAGCUUAUGAUCUAGCGCACCUGCAUAUGGUAAUUAAAAAGGUCCUUCAGGACUUCGCCCCCUCACGUUAAAACUUAUUUCUAUAGUCCAUUACUUUUCAAAGAUCCAGUUAUGCUGACCAACUUUCUAUAUUAUAAUUUAAUUGUAAUUUAACAGCUGAUCCUUCAGUUAAAAGUUUAAACACGGCCAGUCUUUGAGGUUUUGUUAGUGCAAUGAAACUAUUAUUCAUUAUAUAGUUGCCUUAUUACUAUAUUAUAUAUACAUAUGUUUAAUCAUAUAAUAUAUUGACAAUGUUUCAAGCUUUUCAACCCAACAAAUAGAGAUUUAAGAUGGAUUUCUGGUUGAACACUAAACCACAACCAUAGAUAAAACAUAUACUCACAAACUAUAAACAUGAACUGAAUACUUGUAAGUAACCAUCAUUGAUGAGAAGUCAAGAUAAAGUGCUGGGAUUUUCACUUUUCAAUUUUACGCUACAGGGUACAUUUUUUUGCCCAUAGCUAUGCAUGCUAAAACAAAACUAACUAUAUUAUUUAGAGUACAAUAACAAAAUAGUUUUUAGGAAGCAUAGCAGCAUAGCUUUUUAAAUUUCAACAAUACUUUAGUUAAAGUUACCCCGAAAUGUUUUUCUUGCCAUGGAUAAAUUUAUUUUAAUGGUGUUCUAUCAAUAUGUAUAAUUGAUAAGGAUUUAUUGUUAAUGUUUGCAUAUUUUCCUGUUUGAUGAGUAAAUUUUUACAAGUG